GCUGAAGGGUGCCUUCAGGAUGGUCAGACUAUGUCCGAAAACAUGACUGCGGACUUCGCGUCAGCUAUGUGGUGCGCCCUUUCGACGAACGAAGCGUGUGACACUUUCUCAACUGGCUCGCAUCUUUUUGUCUAGAUGAUCCGUAGACAUGGUUGGCGUUCGGAAGCCAUGUGUGGUGAGGCAGCUCCUGGUACUCACCGACGAAUUUUUCCGGCGCCGAAAACCGAGACUCCCGGCGAGUUGUGGAAGCAAAUGGCUCAGACUGAUCAUCAGUCCACUUCAGCGGUUCCUACGUUUGCUUUUCCGAAUGCUGGCCUACGUUGGUACGGGUCGGCAACUGGUGUGGUAAUUAAUACGCCAAUGAAACAUACCAUUCACCUAGAAGCACCGUUCUGUUGGUGCAUUUGUUGUGGAGGUGCGUAAAUGGUGUGUAUACACAUGCCAUGAAUAAAUGCCGAGUGCUGGGUUGGUACCUGUUGCCUGUUAUGCAGAAGUGAAUUCAAGCGCAGAUUUGCGUAUUUUCGC